AUGGUGGCUGGCUAUUCCUCAACAGAAGGCAUCGUCUUCAUCACCAAGCUCAGUUCACAUAAUGCUCUCUCAACAGAAGGUCUCGUUUUCAUCACUAAGCUCAACAUCGUCUUCAUCAUAGAAGUUCCAUCGUCUACUAGGCUUUUUCUCACAGAAACUUCAUCGUCUCAACUUGGAAACUCUUCACAGUCUAUGAUGAAUUUAUUGAAAUUGGUGCUUAAUUUUGAAGUUUUUGAUGCCAGUAUGUUGAAAGUUCGUAGAGGGAGUAAUGAUGGUUUUUGGUGUUUGGAUGGGUGUUCUGGUGUUGUGAGGGGCGGUGUUGCAUGGGGUUCAGUGGUGAUAGCCUAG